AAGAGAAGAUAACGAUCAGGAGUAUCGUUCUCCUGGGUUAUGAAUCUCGUUGACGACGGCGUGUGGCUGCUGCGCAUGUACCUGGAGGCGCUGCUAUUCAUUCCUCGUUUGCUAAUCGAGCUCAACUUGGCGUGGAACCCUUUUGUGAUCCUCGCAGUUAACGCUCUGCAACGUCUCCACUCUGUACUCAAGACGAUCACAGGAAAUAUGACAGACAGCGACGGAAUGCGGUGGCUACAGCCUGGAGAACGCGGUGGAGAGCGCAUUGCCAUUGUGAGUUACCCACGCUGCGGUAACUCCCUCAUGCGUGGUCUGUUGGAGAAGGUCACGGGCGUCUACACAGGCUGCGACACUCGUCCGGACCGCUCGCUUAGUAAAGAACUGCAGCAAUACGGCAUGAAGGGCGAGGGUGUGGUGGACGAGUCGGUCUGGUUCGUCAAAACGCACUUCCCCGAGCGUGUGGGCUACAAGGAAUUCCCCGUCAAGAAGGCGAUCUUGGUCGUACGCAACCCAUGGGACGCUAUUGAUUCGUACUUUAACAUGACGCUCACGAAUACGCACAAUAAGAGUCUGGACGAGUCCCAGUACGAACGCUUUGCCGCCCGAUGGGACGGACUUCUCCGCAACGAGAUCGACGUUUGGAUGAAGUUCCAUCGCUAUUGGACCACGAAAGUGGACAUCCCGAUCAUUGUGGUCCGCUACGAAGACCUCAUGAUGCAUCGUGAGGAGACUUUAUGUCGCGUGUUCCUCUUUUUGACGGAUCUGACGACUCUGGAAGGCACAGAGUGGGAGAAGCGCAUCCACGAUGUCAUGGCCACAAGUGGCGACAAGGCCGGACCGUAUAAGCCUCGCAGUGGCAAGAUUGGCGGGUCCUUCCGUCAUUACUCGGAGGAGCAGUUCCAGUAUAUCCUCAAGACCGCCAACUUGCCGCUGCGUGGGUUUGGCUACGACCCGGAGAGAACGCAGAACUUCCCCAAGGAGGUCACACUCCCGAAGAGACAAGUGAAGCCUGGCAAGGAAGGGGCGGAGCUGCUGAUUUCUACUGAUCAAGCGAUGGAGAUUCGUAAGAAGAACGAUUCAUUUGGUCGUGGCUCGACGUACUUCCGACGAGCGCUUACAGAGGCUGUCAUCGCCAACGACGGCACAGAACUCAACAUGGACGAAGUGCUAGCUGCAAGGGACUGGCUGGUAAAGAAAGAAGAGGACGAAGCCACAAAGAAGCUUGAGGAAUUGAAUGUGACCGACGCCGAACAGAAAGAGUAA